UGAAUUCCAAAUAUAUUAUAAAGUAAUACGAGCAGUUGGUAUGAAGAAAGCGACAUACUAAAUAAUAUCAUAUGUGAUUAAGAAAUCAUUAACAAGUUUCAUUUCUUUUUUUACACAACGAUGUUUAUGUUUUGGGGAAACUGGACCAUAGAUGAAGAACAGUCUGUGGAUAAUCAAAGCUUGCUUUCUUCUGAAAUUAUAAAAACCGCAAAUAUUAGAAAAAGAUCUGAUGUACCCACUUAUUACUUAUACAAAACACAUUGGCGUAAUGAUGCUGAAAUACAGCGACAUUAUUGGACAGCAUCUUUUUUAUUGCCACUUGGUUCAAUUUUUGUACUUGCUGUAGUAGUUAUAUUAAUGGUACUAUUUAAAAGAUGUCCACAUAUUGUUGCUGCAAUUGUUGCUGGGAUUCUUGGAAUUAUUCUUAUAUUUGUGACAUUAGUAUCACUUAAUCAUACACCAACGUAUUCUUGAUAAAUUUUUAUCGCUUCA